AUGGUGGAACAAGAAGAAAACCUUCAUUACUGGGGCGACAUCUCAGAGGAAGAGUAUUACAGGCUGCAAGGAAUCAAAGGGUCAAAAUCGUUCUACACUUCACCAAGAGGCCUCUCUCUCUUCACAAGAUCAUGGCUUCCACUCUCUGGCCCUCCACGUGGCAUCAUCUUUGGGAUCCAUGGGUAUGGCAAUGAUAUAAGUUGGACUUUCCAGUCCACAUCAAUCUUUCUUGCUCAGAAAGGGUUUGCCUGCUUUGCCCUUGACAUGGAAGGCCAUGGGAGGUCUCAAGGCCUUAGAGGCUAUGUCCCACAUGUUGAUUUGGUUGUCCAAGACUGUCUCUCCUUCUUCAAUCUCAUCAAGCAAGAUCCUAACUUUGGUGCUUUACCUUGUUUCCUUUAUGGAGAAUCAAUGGGUGGUGCCCUUUGUUUGUUGGUUCAUUUUGCUGAUCCAAAUGGGUUCCAAGGAGCUGUUUUGGUGGCACCCAUGUGCAAAAUCUCAGACAAGGUUAGACCCAGAUGGCCAAUUCCUCAAGCCCUCACUUUUAUCUCCAAUUUCUUGCCCACUUUAGCCAUUGUACCAACCGAAGAUCUUCUGCACAAAUCAAUCAAAGUAGAAGAAAAGAAGAUUGUUGGGAACAAGAACCCAGUCAGAUACAGAGGGAAACCCAGAUUGGGGACAGUUGUUGAACUCUUGAGAGUGACUCAGCUUUUGAGUGAAAAACUGCGUGAUGUAAGUAUCCCAUUCCUAGUAGUCCAUGGGAGUGCAGAUGUUGUGACGGAUCCGGAAGUGAGUCGGACUUUGUACAAGGAAGCAUCCAGUCAAGACAAGACCUUGAAGAUCUAUGAAGGGAUGUGGCAUUCCUUGUUGUUUGGUGAACCUGAUGAAAACAUUGAGAUUGUUCGUACUGAUAUAUUGUCUUGGUUGAGUGAUAGAUGUAACACAAAGAUCUAAACUGGUUUAAUUUAUGCUGUUUCAUUGGAACAACAUUAUGUUAAUGAGGAUUUGUAAUUCAAUUUCAAUAAACUUAUAUAUUUGGACCUAUGAA